GUAUCCCUGAAGGUAGAUGAUUUCGCUAGUGAAGAGGUUGAUUGUUACUUUCGUCCUUGCACUGUCGAUACAAAUAGGUCUGAUAUCUUUGUAUCCUAUCAUGAUAAAAACGAUUUGAGGCGUUUGUCGACUGCCGAGUAUUACAACAUGAAUGGCACUGUCAACCGAAAAAAGCUAGAGCAAGAUAGAAAGAAAAGGUUGGAUAUAGAGCAGAUUGAAACCCACUUUCCCUCACCCAAAACUGCAAAACUCCAACAUUAUACAGAAUAUGUUAUGUAUGCUCUGCAACAUUUUCGAGCGUUAGCAAAUUUUUACGGCUUUAACACUGCUAAAACCAAAUGGUGCAACUACAAAGGCUCUCAAUAA